GAUGCAUAGUGGUCAUGAUGUGAUAGGUAUUGUUUCUUAAAUAACAUACUCCCCAACCAAACCAACAUCCAUCCUCAUAUUCCUAUAAUUCAACCUCUUAUCCUGUUCUUAACACUGCACAAAGAUUCCUUUCUUUUUUCUCUUCAAAAUCUCACAAUUUUUCAUGUGUAGCCAAAAAGCGUAACACAAACUCCUUAAUUUUGCUUCAAUGGCUUCAAAUUCCAACUCAAACCUUAUAAUCAACAUAGAAAGCAAUCCUUCCGAAUCGCGCCUGGCCGAAUUGAACAUCAAGUGCUGGCCCAAAUGGGGGUGUUCACCAGGUAAAUACCAAUUAAAAUUUGAUGCAGAGGAGACAUGCUAUUUAUUGAAAGGAAAAGUGAUAGUAUACACAAAAGGGUCAUCAGAAUUUGUAGAGUUUGGUGCUGGAGAUCUUGUGACAAUUCCAAAAGGACUAAGUUGUACUUGGGAUGUUUCUGUUGCUGUUGAUAAGUACUACAAAUUUAAGGCUUCAUCAUCUUAAUUAAUUAGUGUUGUGAUUAAGUUAAAUGUAGUAGCAACUUUUUUUCAUUUAUGAAAUUUUUAUUCUUUCUUUCACAGUUUUGGUUAUUUAUGGGGAAAGUGGCAGUUUUAGUCAAAGUUGGAACCAAUCAGUCAAAUAAAUGAAUGUUUUGUUUUGUUUUGUUUGA